UCAACCUCGAUCUACUCACACAAGACAUCGAAUUGAGAACACCUCAACAUUAAUCAGCUUCAACUCCGAGAAUAAACAACCGAUGGCAAAGCGAACGACAAAUGAGAAGCCCGCCGCCUCCAAAGCACCCGCAUCCAAGAAACUGAAAACUGACCCGGAAGCGAGUUCUUCAUCUGCCCCAGCCAAACCCAAGUGGUUUCCCGGCAAGGAGCGUGCAGGCCCAUCUGCUCCAGGGUCUAAACCGAUUCCAGAAGGCGCAGAGAAUUGUCUGGCUGGAUUGACGUUCGUCUUUACGGGUGAAUUGGAAUCCCUGAGUCGAGAAGAUGCACAGACGCUCGCCAAGAGAUAUGGAGGUCGUGUGACUACCAGUCCAUCUUCAAAAACUAGUUUCGUUGUCCUGGGAUCCGAUGCUGGACCUAAGAAGUUGGAGAUGAUCAAGAAGCACAAGAUCAAGACGAUCACCGAGGACGAAUUUCUGAACUUGAUUGGCUCGAAACCUUCUGGUGAAGUUGAUGCCAAGACUUUGAAGAAGCAAGAGGACGAAGUGAAAAAAGUCGAACAAGCUGCUAAAGAGUUGGGUCCGCCAAAGGGAAGUGUAAGUGAAAAGACAUCGGCAGGACAAUUGUGGACAGUUAAAUACGCACCCAAGAACCUAGGGGAUCUCUGCGGUAACAAGACACAGAUCGACAAAAUCCAAGCCUGGCUUCGUGAUUGGUCAGUUGAAUUCAGACGUUCGAAUUUUACCAAACCUGGUAAGGAUGGAUUGGGGAUGUAUAGAUGCGUCGUGCUCUCUGGUCCGCCAGGCGUGGGUAAGACAUCGGCCGCCCACUUGGUUGCUAAGGCUGAAGGAUACGAAGUGAUCGAGCUAAAUGCCAGUGACACGCGCAGUAAGAAACUCUUGGAGACUGGCUUCAAAGAUAUCAUUGGAAAUAGCAGUAUAGCUGGCUUUUUGGAGACUUCGACGAAACGGUCGGAGAAAUUGGUGUUGAUUAUGGACGAGGUUGAUGGAAUGUCAGCCGGUGAUCGAGGGGGUGUGGGCGCCCUGAACGCGUUGAUUAAGAAAUCGCAAAUCCCGAUCAUCGCGAUUGCGAAUGACAUGUCGAUCCCGAAGAUGAAGCCGUUGAAGGCGACCGCUCUUUCGCUUGUUUUCCGGAGACCGAACGUCAACAUGAUCCGAAGCCGGAUGAUGAGCAUUGCCUUCAAGGAGGGCAUGAAGAUCCCGCCCAACGCCAUCGAUCAACUCGUCGCUGGAAGUCAAUCAGAUAUCCGACAGAUUAUCAACAUGCUAUCCACCUGGAAGAUCGGAAAUAGUGAACAAGGACCUUCUAAGACGAUGGACUUUGAUCAAGCACGGCAGCUAACUUCUGAAAAUGAGAAGGAUGCUAUCAUGUCCCCUUGGGCAUUGAUGAGCAAAAUCUUCGCUCCUCAAACUUGGAGUCAAAUGACUUCGAUGACAUUCAUUGACAAGUGUAAUUUGUACUUUCACGAUCACGACAUGCUGCCAUUAUUUGUACAGGAUGGCUAUGUAAAACAUGAUUAUGGGCAAGCCAGGACCUACGCUGGCCAGGAGAAGGCCGCCAAGAAAAUGGAGCUGCUCUCGUUGGCUGCUGAUUCGAUUGCAGAUGGGGAUUUAGUAGAUCGAAUGAUCCAUGGCCCGCAGCAGCAUUGGAGUCUGAUGCCACUGCAUGGGGUGUUUUCGGUGGUCAGGCCGGCUUACUAUUGUCAUGGCCCAUCCACUUCAGGCGAUUUCGGCGGCUUUUCGUUUCCGUCUUGGUUCGGCAAGAAUUCUACUCAGGGCAAACUGAGUCGAACGAUGGGCGAGAUUCACGGUCGAAUGCGAAUGAAAAUCUCUGGUGAUAAGAGGGAGACUCUGAUGAACUAUCUCCCAGUUUUAUACCCGAGAUUGAUGGAUCCAUUGGUUCAGGAUGGCGGUGCUGAGAUGGUGGAUCAAAUCAUUGAUCUGAUGGAUGAGUACUACCUGACUAAAGAGGAGUGGGAUAACCUGGUAGAAAUCAUGGCCAUAGGAAAGUCGGCAGAUGAGAUACUGAAGCAAAUCCCAUCGGCAACUAAAUCAGCUUUUACCCGAAAAUACAACAAAGCUUCCCAUCCAAUCCCAUUCCAGAGGGAGGUCGUCGGGCUUGCCGUUUCCAAGAAGAUCAAAUCUGAUGCGAUGCCUGAUGUGGAAGAACUGGCUGAGAUGGAUGUGGAAGAAGAAGAAGUAGAAGAGGAUGGCAAGUCGGAUGAGGAUUCGACUGAUAUCACCAAAGAUAAAUUGAUCAAGGCUAAAAAACCUGGACGGGCUGCAGGAACUGGUGGGAAACCUAAAACUAAAGCUGCUACUGCUGCUUCUUCUUCUACUAAGGCUCCUAAGGCGGCUCCUAAAACUAGUAAGGCUCGGAAAUCAACAAAAUAA